UAGUUCCGGCGGGGCGCGCGGGGGCUGCUGGGAGUUUGUGUUUAGUUUGAGCAGUCCGUGCUCUGACCCCUCAUAGGAUUUAAACUCCGCGGGCUUAAUUAAACAGCGCUAUGGCUGGAGUGAAGCGGGAGCGGGAUGCUGAGGAUGAGGAGGAGGAAGAGGUCCGGGGGAAAGUUCCAGACAGAAGGAGCCGCCACUGUCCAUACCUUGACACAAUCAACAGGAGCGUUUUGGAUUUUGACUUCGAAAAGCUGUGCUCAAUCUCUCUCUCUCACAUAAAUGUUUAUGCCUGUCUGAUCUGUGGAAAGUAUUUCCAAGGGAGGGGCCUGAAGUCCCAUGCAUACACCCACAGUGUUCAGUUCACACAUCAUGUCUUUCUAAAUCUGCAUACACUGAAGUUCUACUGUCUACCAGACAAUUACGAGAUCAUUGAUUCAUCGCUGGAGGACAUCACAUAUGUUCUGAAGCCAACGUUUACCAAACAGCACAUCUCCAGUUUGGACAAGCAGGGCAAACUGUACAGGGCUUACGAUGGCACAACUUACCUGCCUGGCAUUGUGGGACUCAACAACAUCAAGGCUAAUGACUACGCCAACGUAGUUCUACAGGCCCUGUCCAAUGUGCCGCCCCUGCGAAACUACUUUUUAGAGGAGGAGAACUAUCAUGGAAUCCGCCGGCCGCCUGGUGACAUCAUGUUUCUUCUAGUGCAGCGCUUUGGGGAGCUCAUGCGCAAGCUGUGGAACCCACGUAACUUCAAAGCUCAUGUUUCUCCACAUGAAAUGCUGCAGGCGGUCGUGCUGUGCAGCAAGAAAACUUUCCAAAUCACCAAGCAAGGAGAUGCUGUGGACUUUCUUUCAUGGUUCCUAAAUGCAUUGCAUGGAGCCUUAGGUGGAACUAAGAAAAAGUCAUCUAUUGUUACAAAAGCGUUCCAGGGAUCGAUGCGCAUUUUCUCAAAGAAGCUUCCUCACCCAGAUUUGCCUGCUGAGGAGAAAGAGGCUCUGCUGCAGAAGGAAGAGUAUCAGGAAAAGAUGUUGGAGUCCACCUUUCUGUACCUCACCCUCGACCUCCCUACAGCACCUCUGUACAAAGAUGAGAAGGAGCAGCUGAUCAUCCCUCAGGUCCCUCUCUUCAACAUCCUGGGAAAGUUUAAUGGCAACACAGAGAAGGAGUACAAAACAUACAAAGAAAACUUCCUCAAAAGGUUCCAGUUAACCAAACUUCCUCCGUACCUCAUCUUCUGCAUCAAACGAUUCACCAAGAACAACUUCUUUGUUGAAAAGAACCCCACCAUUGUGAACUUUCCUAUUACGAAUGUUGACCUACGUGAAUAUCUCACAGAAGAAGCCCAGGCUACAGAGAAGAGCACAACCUAUGACCUGGUGGCCAAUGUGGUGCAUGAUGGAAAACCUACAGAAGGAGCAUACAGAAUUCAUGUCCUGCACCAUGGAACAGGGAAGUGGUAUGAACUUCAGGACCUGCAGGUGAUUGACAUUUUGCCGCAGAUGAUCACACUGUCAGAGGCCUAUAUACAGAUCUGGAAGAGGAAAGAAACUGACGAUGGAAACAGCCACACUGGGGCGUGAUUAAUGUUUAAAGUUUAGCGUGUUUUCAGACUCGGAGCAGAAUGUGUAUACCAGAACAUUGGACCACUUUCCAGACCAGACUUAAAGACCUUUUCACACAAUGUCUGAUUUUUACAGUCUGAACAAAAUCACAUCAAGUUAAAAAAAAGUGUAUAAAUUGAGGUUGAAAGCCUGUUAAACCUGUUGUUGGAUGUUCAAACUUGUUCAGCAGUAGAGCUCUGUUCAGGCUCAGGGUUAAAGACCAAACAAUUGAAAAGAUUCAUCUCACAGUAGCAGAAGUUAAACGCUUACUUGAAGAUCAGUACACUGGCUAUAAAAACGUGCUGUAGAGAAAAUAUAUUCCAAGUUAGCAGAGGAACUGAAAGGAUGGACAUUAAUGAAAGCUGUUGUGCAGCACCCAUGUUUACUGAGCUCAGAAGGCAAAAACUUAGUUUGAGUUGGUGUGAAUGUUUCACUAUGUUAAAUACUGCAUAUUUUUUUACGUCCUGAAAAUUUGUGCUUUGUGUGAAAGGGCCUUAAGUCUGUCAAAGUUCAUUCUAACCUUCAUGCUGUUUUUUUUCUUUUCAAAAUGUAUGUGACUAUUGUGGAAUUUUAAUAGCAAAAAACUCUCUUGUUUAUUAAACAUUUUAAGAACC